AUGUCGCCACGAUCUCGUCUCAGUCGCCGUGCGAUUGGCUUGGCCCUUGUCGGUACGGCCUCUGCUGCUGCAGGACCAUGCGACCUCUACGCAUCGGGCGGAACACCUUGCAUUGCCGCUCACAGUACAACUCGAGCUCUGUACGGUGCAUUCACUGGAUCGCUCUACCAGGUCAAGCGUGGCUCGGAUGGUGCCACUACCAACAUCGCGCCCUUGUCUGCUGGUGGCGUCGCCAAUGCCGGAACCCAGGAUAAGUUCUGUGCCAACACAACAUGUCUCAUCACCAUCAUCUAUGACCAGUCGGGUCGGGGCAACCACCUCACGCAGGCCCCAGGAGGUGCUUUCAAGGGACCUGAAGCGGAUGGCAAGGACAAUUUGGCUGCCGCUGAUGGUGCGCCUGUGACACUCAACGGGCAGAAGGCGUAUGGUGUAUUCGUCUCGCCCGGCACCGGGUAUCGAAACAACAAAGUGAGCGGCUCCGCGACCGGUGACCAACCAGAGGGAAUGUACGCUGUUCUCGACGGCACACAUUACAACGGCGGAUGUUGCUUCGACUACGGCAACGCAGAAACCAGCAACACAGACACUGGCAACGGCCACAUGGAAGCCAUCUACUACGGUGACAACACCAUCUGGGGCUCUGGCGCUGGCAGCGGUCCUUGGAUCAUGGCUGACCUCGAAAAUGGCCUCUUCUCCGGCGUCAACGUCAAGAACAACGCCGGCGAUCCUACCAUCACAUCCCGCUUCGUCAACGCCAUAGUCAAGGGCAGCCCCAACAAAUGGGCCAUCCGCGGCGGCAACGCAGCCUCAGGCGCUCUCUCAACAUACUACAACGGCGUGCGCCCCAAUGCCAAGGGCUAUAACCCGAUGUCCCUCGAAGGCAGCAUCAUUCUAGGUAUCGGCGGCGACAACAGCAUCUCGGGCCAAGGCACCUUCUACGAAGGCUGCAUGACAUCCGGCUUCCCCUCCGAUGCGACUGAGAACGCAGUGCAAAACAACAUUGUCGCGAUGAAGUACGCGACUACAAAUUUGAUGAGUGGGCCAACGUUCGCUAUCGGUUCGUCAGUUAGUCUACGCGCGACGACCAAGGGCUUCGACACGAAGUACAUCGCGCACACCGGCUCCACUGUGAAUACUCAAGUAGUUACUUCCUCGUCUUCUUCCGCGCUCAAACAAGCCGCGUCAUGGACCGUCCGCGCCGGAUUGGCGAACGGCGGGUGCAUAUCUUUCGAAAGUCGGGACACUGCCGGCUCAUUCAUCCGGCACUUCGACUUCAAGCUUUCACUCGCCGCCAAUGACGGGUCCAAGGCGUUCAAAGAGGACGCAACGUUUUGUCCACAAGCAGGAUUGAGUGGGCAGGGCAGUUCGAUCAAGGCGUGGGGAUACCCAACACGAUACAUCAGACAUUACGAAAGCGUGGGGUAUAUUGGAAGCAAUGGGGGAGUGCACACUUUUGACGCAGCAGCAUCUUUCAACGAUGAUGUUAGCUUUGUUAUGAGUACGGGGUUCGCUUGA